UGUAACGGGCACUCACUAACUCACCGCGGAAACUCAUCGGCGAUGGCGGGAGAGGAAAGCUGCGUCAGUGCUGAUGCUGACGCGGGCUUACGAAGCAGCUUCGUUGCGUUCAACGGGGAAGAGGGGAUGGACGUUCAGGAAAAGCAAGAAGAAGAAGUAGAAGACGCGCCAGAGGAGGAGGAUGGAGAAGAUAUGGAUGCAGGUGAAGAAGAAUACGUCGAAGAUGAUGGGGAGUAUACUUUCAGGUUCGAAGAUGGGAUCAACCCUCUAGAUUUUGUGGAGAAUAAUGAUUCUGGGGUCCAGAGUUAUCAGCAAUUCGAGCGCCUUGAGAAUGAAGCUCUUGCUGAUAGAAAGCGAAAAGCAGCUGAAGACUUGCAACCUGAUGGGCCUUCUUUCAAGAAGGUGAGGGAAGAGGACAUGUCGGGGGCAAGUAUGGAGGAGAUAAUGGAAGCACUGAAUUUUGGCGUUCGUAGGAAGUCUAGAAAGCCCAAGAAAAGAGGUAGACGAAAAGGAUCAAAGAAUAAACUCGAUCCUCAGCUAACACGGAUGCUUGGUGAUGCCACAAUUCAUUAUGCGCAUGAACGUUAUGAAGAGGCUAUUUCUAUAUUGCAUGAAGUUAUCAGGCUGGCACCAAAUUUGCCCGAUUCAUAUCACACACUUGGACUUGUCUAUAGUUCACUUAAGGAUGACAAGAAGGCUAUGAAUUUCUACAUGAUUGCGGCUCUUUUGACCCCCAAAGAUUCAUCUCUCUGGAAAAUGCUUUUUUACCUGGUCCAUGUAAGAGAAGAGCAAGGUGACGUUGGUCAGGCUGGCUAUUGUCUUUCAAAAGCAAUAACUGCUGAUCCCAAGGACAUUACUCUUAGAAUUCAUCGUGCAUCUCUCUAUGUUGAGCUCAAAGAUUAUCAAAGAGCAGCUGAGACAUAUCUACAAAUUUAUCAACUCUUUCCUGAGAAAGUUGGUGUGCACUAA